AUGCGUAUAUAUAUAUGGCGAGUUGGACCAUGUCAAUAUUUGCAAAAUCAAACGAAGCCGAAGAUUUGUUUGAAUCCUUAUCAUUGGAAUCGAGUUGUUGCGCAAGAUAAAUUUGUUGAGAAAAUCCAAUCAUUGAAAAAUUCCUCUGAUCCAGACAUUGUUUGCUUGGGAUUAAAUCCUAUUAGUCAUUCUAGUCCUGAUUCUACUGCAUCUGACUUAAAAGACGCCAAUCUCAAUUCAUGUCAUAUUGAAAAAGCCCUACAACUGCCGCCUUUAUCAACAGCAUCUUCGUUGUCGUCAUCUUCAUCAUCGUCGUCGUCAUCGUCGUCUGGACCAGAAACAACCUCAUCUUUGAUGCCAACACAAGUGUCGUCUAUUUUCAUGCAUCCUACGUGUGAUUCAGUUACAUCGUUUGACACAAUGACAGAUAAAUCAACAGCUUUACUGAUUAACAAUUAUGAAAAGGCUAAAAGAGAUUAUUGUUCAUCUCAUCUGCUUUAUAAACUUCAACGGAAAAUCAGUACGAAUUUAACACAUCCUAAUCCAAAUUUGUCUAAAUUAAACACUGGAUACACAAAUACCCAAUUUAUAUCAUCUUCCUGUUCAUCUUCUUUACAAUCAGCUGAUGAAGAGAAUUUAAAUCCUACCUCUACUACUACUACUACAGAAACAUCUUUAGUUAAUUCUGAAUUAGAUGACUUCAAAUAUUCAGCAUUUUCUAAUCACAUGCCUUCAUUACCCGUCACUGUUAAAAAUGAAGGUGUUGAGAAUCUAUGCAUACCUCAUGAAAACCUUGAUUGUUUCCAUACUCAUCUUGAUACACCACGGAAUGUUCCUCUUUCUCCUCUAUCUCCUCCGCCUGUUCAUCAUCGUCAUCAUCAAAAACCAUGGGCGAACAUCUCCUAUUGGGAAUCACAUCAUCAUAUGGGACGUCGUUGGUAUGAUAUAACAAAUCGUACGUUGAAUAUUGUUUAUAAUGAGGAUAACAAUAAACUAUCCUUAUCUCCGAAACAUGUUCAUAAUGAAAAAUAUUCACGCUAUAAUGAUAAAUUACAAAAUGAUUGUAUAUAUUUGUCUCUUUUAACAGUGUAUGAAGCAUCAAUUCAUGCUAAGUAUAAUUCUAAACUGAAUUCGAAUAAGAGAAGUAAACCAAGUGUCUCUGUUGCUACAACUACUACUAAUAAUGAUCAUAAUCGUAGUAGUGAUAUUAACGCGACACAUACUAAAGGAUCUGUUACGUCGUCUUUGAAACAGUGCAGGAAAUGCUGUCAUAAUCAUCAUCAUCAUCAACAACAGCAGCAGCAUUUAGAUUCAUACAGCACCAAAUCUCUUUUAAGAGACAUUACAAUGCAUUCUUCACUAUAUAAACCAUCCUCUGGAUGGAAACAGUGUUAUCGUCUAGGCAGUCAGGGUAUAUCACUUACACUUACCACCUAUGGUUGUGUUUGGUUGAAUAAUCAAGCAUUGGCUACAAAUUUACCCGUAUUUGUAUCAUCACCAUGUUUACAGGUGAUGGACAAUGCAACUGCUGAUGACUUUUGUAUGGAUUUACCGGUAUAUCGUGUACCGGCGGGUUAUUCAUUAUUGGUUUUUGAUCUUGUAUUAUACGAGAGCUUAUUACUCAGGCACUCAUCAUCAUCAUCUUCUUCUUCUUCCUCUUCCUCCUCUUCCUCUUCAUCUUCGUCGACAUCAUCUAACUUUCCAUCCUGUCGACCGUUUUCGAGCAUCCAUACUACCAAUAAUAAUAAUAACAACAAUAACAAUAGAAAUAACAUCUUUUUCGAAGAGUUAAACACUAAUAAUAGUAGUCUAUUGUAUAGGAAUCCAAUUAUACAUAUUAGUCUUGGUAAAGGCUGGGGUCCAUCAUAUCGUCGACCAGAUGUUACACAUUGUCCAGCCCGUUUAGAGGUAUGGAUUAAUUUGGAGCAUAUGCUUCUUUAUUCAUUUCAUGCAAAUUAGAAUUUCUACAGAUUCUAUCUUGUACAGUCUGUUCGUAGUCUUUCUUCUUCCCUCACUCUCUCAUGUGCUUUUCAUUUUUUUGUUGAGUAUUGUGCAUGUAAAUGCAAAAGUAAUCUUGUUAGUUGAAUUUUCCUUCUAAUUUUUAAGAUAACUUAGUGUUGUUACUUUUACGAUAAUAAGUAGUAUGCCGUUAGUUUGUGAAAUAUUGUUUUCACUACUUAAAUACUGUGAUACAUAUACAUAAAAAAUUUUGUUUCAUUUACUUUCGUUAUUGUAUUUCCUUCUAAUCAGGUAAACUGUACAUUAAUUAUGGAUCAUGUUAGUACUUUCAUACUUCCUCUAUCUUAUUCAAGCUGUACAUAUUGUACAUAAUUAUACGUUUUGUUAUAAUCAUCCAUUGAAUAUAGAAUUUUCAAGG